CGUGACGUCACAGGAGCCCCGUCGUCAGGCCCGGGGGCCGGCGGGGCGGAGGCUGAGCUUCGGCGCGGCCUUCCCAGCGCUCGGCUCUCCCUCCCCUCAACCCCCAGCUCGCUCGCUCGCUCUCCGCACCCAUGAGCGCGGCCCUGACGAUGGCGGGGGCCGGGCCGAGCUGAGGCCGGCCCAGCCCAGCAACCGCCCGCCCCGCGGAUUUUCCUGAAUGCGGCCGACUGGAGGAGGAACCCAAUGGACGUUAUGGAAAGCCCUCUGAACCUGGCUCACCAGCAGAGCAGAAAGGCGGAGCGUAUGCUAGCAGCAGGAAGGUAUGCUGAAGCAAUUGAUUGUCAUGGGAAAGCUGCAGAUCAUCUCGGAGAAGCCAUGAAACUAACAGAGUCAGAACAGGCUUUGUUAUCACUGGAGCUGCAGAGAGACAGUCAUAUCAAACAUCAGCAUCUAAUCCAUGAAAGAUGGAAGCGACCUAGGAAAGAGGAGAAGUUGAGAGCUCAGAUACAGCCAGAAGCAGCAGACGGGGAAACUGAUCCCCCGUUACCACUGAAACCAUUCUCUGAUGAAUCUGAUGGUCAGAAGACUGUUCCCACAAGUGCAGAAAUGAAUAGCCUUAACCAGGAGGAAUACCUGCGGCAAAUUCGGAAGUCCUGUGAACGGGAGCCAGAUACUCUUCUCUUUUUGUUGCACAAGAAGCACGUUCCUUCCAAGACCUGUGCAGUGAACAAAGCUCCUAAAGAUGACAAGACGAGGAUAGAGGAACAAGAGAUGAAAAUUUCUGAACUGAAAAGACUUGUUGAUCUACUUAUAGCUGAGAAUGAGACACUAAAGAAAGAGAAUAAGCUGCUAAAGGCAGAGAAUGCGCGACUGAAGAAAUUGCCAUUGGAUAAGGAAUUAGACAUGGAUUCAGACUUUGUGAAAUCAGACUUGUGGUGCAUCAGUCAACCGUCCGACAAUGCUACCAAUGCAGGAAAAGCGAAAGACAUUCCAAUACCCAACCUUCCUCCUUUGGAAAUGCCAAGUCAGAACAUUUCAUUGGAUGAUCUUCCCCCUUUAGAACUUUCUGAGGAGGUUGUGCGUAACCUGAAAGAACCAUUGGAUAACCAAAAGGAAACCUCAAAGGACAAACUAUAGGGAGCAUACUUGCAUUAAAACAAAACAGUUCGUUAAUAAACAAGUGGUACAGUGCCUCAAAACAGCAGUUCCUGUUCCUGCUGUACGUACUAUCAUCUGGUGCUGAUCUUGUAUGUACAGUCAGUGUGAAUUUCUCAUCCAGAUGGCUGGGGCACUGAUUAUAUUCAGGUACUCCACUCCAUGAAUCAGUCUGUGCCACUCAAUGAACUCUUAAUGUGAUGCAAAUUACAAAGCCAAUCAGGAACAUUAUAUGUAUUUCUACUGUAUGAUGAGGGAACCAAAUCAACAACUUUUAUUUCUGAAUGAUCAGUUUACAUUGAAAUAAUAGGGGUGCAUCAUUGUAUACUUUUUUAUUGUUUUCUUUCAGAAUAAACCAAUUACCCUGUGUGAUA